CGACACCGGUGAGCCUUUGGGGCGGGGUCUGAGCUGGGCAGCUCCAGAGGCAGCGAUUUCACAUCGGAAACAAAACAGCUGCUACUCGCGAAGAAACCUCGGCUGCGAGCGGCCGGCGGCGGCGAGAAAGGAGUAGGAUUUGACCAACUCUGCGUGACCUGUUUCAGACCUAACCCGGGAGCCUGCAAGUAACAACAGCCUACAAGGUCCUUAAGAAAGCUUGGCCUGGAGGAGAACACAUGAAAAAAAGAACCCCAAGAGGCUUUGUUUUCUGUGAAAAGGUAUUUCUGUACAGUUGCUCCGAUGACAGAGUUACCUGCACCCUUGUCCUACUUCCAGAAUGCACAGAUGACCGAGGACAGUCACCUGAGCAAUACUGUACGUAGCCAGAAUGACAGUAGAGAACGGCAUGAGCACAGCAGCGAAAGGAGGCGGCGCGGCAAUCCUGAGCCCGUGUCUAAUGGAGGACCCCAGGGUGACACACUGCAGGCAGUGGAACAAGAUGAUGAAGAAGAUGAGGAACUGACUCUGAAAUAUGGCGCCAAACACGUGAUCAUGCUCUUUGUCCCCGUGACUCUCUGUAUGGUGGUGGUGGUGGCUACCAUCAAAUCAGUCAGCUUUUACACCCGAAAGGAUGGGCAGCUAAUCUAUACUCCAUUCACAGAAGACACAGAGACUGUGGGCCAGAGAGCCCUGCACUCCAUUCUGAAUGCUGCUAUCAUGAUCAGCGUCAUUGUUGUCAUGACCAUUCUCCUGGUGGCUCUAUAUAAAUACAGAUGCUACAAGGUUAUCCAUGCUUGGCUUAUUAUUUCAUCGCUAUUGUUGCUAUUCUUUUUCUCAUUCAUUUAUUUGGGGGAAGUGUUUAAAACCUAUAACGUUGCCAUGGACUACAUUACUGUUGCACUCUUAAUCUGGAAUUUUGGUGUAGUGGGAAUGAUUGCCAUUCAUUGGAAAGGUCCUCUGCGACUCCAGCAGGCGUAUCUCAUUAUGAUCAGUGCCCUCAUGGCCCUGGUGUUUAUCAAGUACCUCCCAGAGUGGACCGCGUGGCUCAUCUUGGCUGUGAUUUCAGUAUAUGAUUUAGUGGCUGUUUUGUGUCCAAAAGGCCCACUCCGUAUGCUGGUUGAAACAGCUCAGGAGAGAAAUGAAACUCUCUUUCCAGCUCUCAUUUACUCCUCUACAAUGGUGUGGUUGGUGAAUAUGGCAAAAGGAGACCCAGAAGCCCCAAGGAAGGUCUCCCGAAGCUCCAAUUAUAAUGUACAAAGCACAGGGAAUGAGCCACAAAACUCUGUGACAGAAAAUGACGAUGGCGGCUUCAAUGAAGAGUGGGAAGCUCAGAGGGACAGUCACCUAGGACCUCAUCAGUCUACGCCUGAGUCACGAACUGCUGUCCAGGAACUUUCUAGCAACGUCCUCGCCAGUGAGGACCCAGAGGAAAGGGGAGUAAAACUUGGAUUAGGAGAUUUCAUUUUCUACAGUGUUCUGGUCGGUAAAGCUUCCGCAACAGCCAGUGGAGACUGGAACACAACCAUAGCCUGUUUUGUAGCCAUAUUAAUUGGUUUGUGCCUUACGUUAUUACUCCUCGCCAUUUUCAAGAAAGCAUUGCCAGCUCUUCCGAUCUCUAUCACCUUUGGGCUUGUCUUCUACUUUGCCACAGAUUAUCUUGUGCAGCCCUUUAUGGACCAGUUAGCAUUCCAUCAAUUUUAUAUCUAGCAUAUUUGCAAUUAGAAUCCCAUGGAUUUUUCUCCUUUGACUGUAAUAAAAUCUGGGAAGGACAAAGGUGUUUUCCUGUGUCCACUUCUAACAAAGUCAAGAUUCCUGAAUGGACUUUUUGCGGCUUCCUUCCAAGUCUUCCUGACCAUCUGCACUGUUGGGCAUUGGAAGGAGGUGUCUACAGAAAAUGGUUCUGAACAUGUAUCAUCGUGGUGGACUGAGUCCCUCAGUUCAAAACAGCCAGAUUUGAGGGACAAGGUCAAGGACAAGUGAUGGGUCAAGAAGUUGCUGUGCUCCCACCAGCUUUUUGACCCUUGGUCGCAGGCGGAUUUUAUCAACACUGCAGACUCUCAGGACUACCAUUACCAAGCGGUUAAAUGAAGUGAUGGAAACCAAACAAGACUCCUCAUCUUAAGCAACAUGUUGAAAAUCAACCUAAUAAGUCUGUACUGAAUUCUAAACCUUUUCAGCAGGUACUGAAGAGCAGGCACCACCACCAGAAGGUACUGAAGAGCAGGAAAGGUGGAAAGGGGCUCAAACUUUCACUUUCAGACUUUUGUGCUGCAGACUUAACCAUUUUUCAGUAAGACUUUUUUUUCACCUUGAGUCAAGUCAGAUGUAUAUAAGUUGAUUUUGACACUUUUCGUUCUCAAGCACUGAAACUUAUUACCAUCUAUGGUUGCCAUUUCUUCCCAAGGCCAGUCUGAAUUUAUCUGAGAAUGCUUUAUCUUAAAAGUGUUGACCUCAGUUUCCAAAUUCAGUAAUUUCUGGAAAUAACAGAGCUAUAACUCAACGAUUCCCUAUCACCGUUAGGUAAAUUCUGGAUUUACCACCAACUUCCUAAUUUUUAAACGUUCUUGUAGGUUCACUUGUCCCCGAUGCCUCCUUUGUUCUCCAUCUGUCCCUUCACUCCCCUCAUAAACUGUUCUUUUACACAGCAAAUAAGACAGCUCAGUUGGGAUAGCAGAUGAUACGGUUCUUUAGGAUUGUACCUUGUGUGGUGCAAAGAAUGUGUUACGAAUCAGUACUAUCGGCCUUGCUGUCGUCCUUUCUUCAACAGCAAAUACUGUGUGCACCCAAAGACAGUAGCAUUAAAGAAGAGUAAAAUGGCUGGUGAAGCACUUUCUGUCCUGGUAUUUCUUUUUUAACUACAGCCUGUUGCCUGAUAGUAGGUCAGAAUUCGAACCAGUAGCCAAAAACUGGUGGUUUAUAAAGUUUAUGGAUCAGUAGUAUGAGUACAAAGCAUAGUUUGGAGAAAGCCAUGAUGUCACUUGGUGAGCUGUGGGAAAACCUAAGGGGAGAACCAGCUACCAAGAGAAGAAAAAGGGAUCCCCAACAGCCCGUGGGACAAAAUGAGCUAAUGUCCCAUGGGCACAUGUUCAGGAGGGGAUCCAAGUUGUCCCUCAGACACCUCUCAGUGGGUGUUUUGUGGUUUCCCUUCUGCGCUACCUUUUAUUUCAUUGUAACUUUGUGUAAAAUUGGGCAGUGGCAUUCAGGCCCUGUGCAGCUCAGCUGGACAGUGCACAAAAUAGAGCCAGCAGCUGUGGGCACACAACCCCUCUCCAUGAAGCUUUAGCAGGGCACAAUCCUUCUUUGCCCACACACAGCCCUCAGCCUUGGUGAUCUGACUGUAAGGAUUGGUGAGAAACUUAGUUUUCCCCUGUGGCUAAACAGAGACCAGCUUUCUUCCUCCUCCUGCUUUCUCUCAGCCUGUCCUGUGAUCUGGUUUGGGGUUCUCCCUGGAAUUUAGAAUAUUUGUUUUCUGUCAUGGAAUAUUUCUUAGAAACUAACCGCAGGAGUAUUGUGCUGGUACUAACCUAUGUGUGAGUAAAAAUUGGCUCAUAUUAGGCAGUUGAGAACAGUAGGAUAAGUAAGAGCUGUACAAAGAAAGAGUGGGAUUUAGAGCAGUAGUUUCUUUUAUCUCUUUUUUGUUGUUUACCCCCUUUUUUCCCAAAAUUCUCUCUUUUUCUCCUGAAUAUGUGGCAGUGUAAGUAUUAUCUUCUAGGAAGACAUGUGAUUCAACAGCUACAGCAAAGCCACCUGAACACCAAUUUAUGAUUUGAAGCAGUCUCGAGGGAGCCCUGAUCUAGAGUAGUUUGUGUUAGGGUACCAAAUAUGCGGUAUCUUUCAUGAAAGGCUCAUCUCAGGAGAGGAUAUGUGGUGUGUGUGCGUGUGCGUGUGUUUGUGUGUGUGUGUGUGUGUGUGUGUGUGUUUAUAUCUGCCCUAUGAAUUAUUGUCCCACGUAGAAAGAUUACGGUAAAUCUGUCACUUUCUACAAGAUGGAACCAUAUCUCAGCAUAGAGAACACAUCUGACUUAAAUCACCAAUCUCAGAUGCAGAGGUUUUUCUUCAAAUCUUAGAAUCCAUUCAGUUGCCUCUGAAGUAUCAAAAUGCUAGUCUUCCACCAUGAAAAAUCACUGUCACCAGAGAAAAUAGUAGCAAUUCUACUGAGGAUGUCCACUGUUGAUUUCACACGGGCACGGGGGUGGCUGUGGAGCCAGGCAACACAAACAGUAAAACAUGAGCAGCCAAGCCAAUCUGCUCAAUUAAAACAAGGAAAAACACUAGGAAAAAGUGACCAGUGACAUCUGGCUCUUACUGGCGUACAGAAUAAAGAGUUUAUAUGCAGAAAGUUGCUGCAAACGCCUAUGGAAAUACCAACCAUAUUUGGAAGAUUUGUAGUGUUUUCAAAGAAGAAAGGCUCACUUUCCUGUUUUUAAUUUUUACUAGGUUAGUAUGUAGUCUUAGUAUCGAUCGCAACUCUCACUAUAAAUGACUAAAUUUCUUGAUCAGAAAAAAUAGCUUUCUAAGUAACUUGAAACAUUCGUAAGUGAGCAAAUUAUUGAUUUCACUACAGAAGCAACAACUAAAGAGGUGGUGUUUUCACUCUUAAACUCCUAGAUCCUCAUGUUUUAAAAGUCCAUUGGUUUUAAAAACCCUUCUUCCAUAAUGGACGCUUGAACAAAUAAUAUGUUUAGUACUUGUCCUUUACUUGGCCUCUAAAUACCUUAUAUAUAUACAUAUAGUCUUGAUGAUAAUUUGUAGAAUGUGAGACAGAGGUUAAGCUACCACAUGAGAUCCUCCAGCGUCAGGUGUCUCAAGGAAGCUUCUGAUCCUGACCCCCCCCCCCAGUGCCCAGCCUUGCAUCUUUCCCCAUUGACGCUCUAGCCCUGGCAGAAAAAGUUCAGAAACCACUAUGAAAGGAUUUAUUCAGUGUCUUCUGUGGUGCUGGAGUCUAAAGAUGCAAAGAUGAGUAAGACCUGUCCUCAGAAUCCUGCUAGAGUUUCUUGUUUUCUGUAUAUGCCAUUUUUAAGUUCUCUAAAAUAUUGGGUACUUGUCAAUUACGCCUUUCAGUUACCGUUAUUAAAAUUGAUGUUUACAAACUGACUUCAUCCAGAACCCAUCCUUUCAGUAAAGUACUCCUUUUUCUCUAAAUCUGCUUUUGGGUAAACUAUACAGAACAGCUGACUUGCCAUUCUCCCCACCUCCAAGGGUAUCCUGCAUGCCAAGUUUGGGAAGAGACUUGAAAUAUGGACAUUUCGUUUUGCCCUGGGGUGAAUCAAUAUCACUAUCAUAAGUUUGAGCCUAGAAGUGAUCUUUGUGAUCUUCUCACCUCUUUUUAAAUUCCCCAAACACAGGAGAUUAAAAACAUGGUUUCAGCUCUUUACAACGCUUGUUGAAAUUGCCCAGCAGAGUAUACGGACAAGGCUGUCCCCAUGCUCAGGUCCCAGAUCACCUGGACGCACCCUCUGAACAGUCCUCCCCUCAGGGAGGAGACACCUUAGAGGUGUGUGUGAAACGUGAGCCCGGAGCUGAAUGAAUUCUUCUCUUGAAUGUCAAGGCCGUUUCCCAGGGCCUCAGGCAGCUGCAGCAUUGCCCUGAGGAAGUAGUUGGGUCGUCCCUGGGCUCUGAAAUGUUAGCACUUCAGUCUGGUCUGUAUAGCAGGAAAGAUUUCCCAGAAAGCAAUUUUCCUUUUAAAAUCAAUAAUUGCUGCAACAGGGCAGUUUCAAACAAGUGGAAUAGCAAGUACAGUGGUACCUCGGUUUACGAACGUAAUCCACAAUCACUGAAACCUUCGAAAACAGCUGACAGCUAGACCUCAGGAUCUUGCACUCGGGAAGCUGUGUGACAUAUUCAACUGCUGAGUUGUGUUCAAAAACCGAAGUAUUUACUUCCGGUUUACGGCCUUCAUAAACCAAAAUGUUCAUCUACAGAGACGUUUGAAAACCGAGGUACUACUGUAUAAGAUUGUCCUGUUUCCUGUGUAAUUGGCGGGGCUGGGGUGUGGGUUCAGCAGGAUCAUUUAUGCUCCCGUGUUUAGUGUCUGGCUUUUGCUUCUGAAGACACUGCUUUGUACAUGUUUCAGACAGACUGUGAAUACAUCUUUUCUAAAUACCUUUUAAAUUUUUGGUAAGAUGUUAUUUUGACAGAUGACUGCAGAUUUUCCUGUAUUUGGCAAAUGAAUAAAGCACGCAUGAA